AACUGGAAAUCAAGAGCAUCGAGCGAGACGAGACUCGAAAACAGAUUUAUUUUUUAGGUGUAAUUUUGUUAAUUUAUUAAUUUCAAUGUUUACUUAAGUAUAUUGAGACUUAUUUAUUGAAUUAUACACUCGUGUUUACCAGUAGUAAUACUCAUUACUGAUACUGUUGCAUUUACAUACAAUUAUUACAUACUUCGACGGCCAUCGUUCCUGUAUAGUGAUUCAUUUUAGUCUUGUCAAAUAUUCUUUGGUGAGCACUUUCAUUAUAUAGAUCAUGGCUGCUACUAGAAGACUUCAAAAAGAACUUGCAGAUAUUCGUGACUCUGGACUUAAAUCAUUUCGUGAUAUUCAAGUUGAUGAAUCAAAUAUAUUAGCUUGGCAAGGUUUGAUUUUACCAGAAAAUCCACCUUACAAUAAAGGAGCAUUUAGAAUAGAAAUUAAUUUUCCAGCAGAGUAUCCGUUUAAACCACCUAAAAUUAACUUUAAAACAAAAAUAUACCAUCCCAACAUAGAUGAGAAGGGUCAAGUAUGUUUGCCAAUUAUCAGUGCUGAAAAUUGGAAACCUGCUACUAAAGCUGACCAAGUAAUUCAAGCUCUUAUAGCACUAGUCAAUGAUCCUGAACCUGAGCAUCCUCUACGUGCAGAGUUGGCUGAAGAGUAUUUAAAAGACCGUAAGAAAUUUUUCAAGAAUGCCGAGGAAUAUGCCAAGAAAUUUGGCGAAAAGAGACCUGCCGAUUAAAUAUAAUACACACUAUAAAUAAUAUUAACUGUCGUGUCGUUUAAUCAAUGGUUUACACCAAAUGUAUUAUACAUUACGAUAACGAUGGCAACAACUUAAUCAUUUAUGUGUAUUCUUACACAGUUUUGAGCAAUUAGCUGGGAAUUUAAACUGUACCUAUUUUCACCCUAAUAAACACAGCUGAUUUAAA